AUGAAAGACCGAAAGCCGUUUGUUUUGCGCAAAAUAAUAAUGAUUUAUAACUUUAUAUUAGUUGUAAUCAACGCUUAUUUUGUAUACGCAUCGAUCGGAUGGCUCGACUACGGCCACAAAUCAUGGUUAACACGACUGCCGGCCCGUAACGAGUGGUCAGAGAAAGCGAUCGCCGAAUUACCGGCGAAAGCGGUUUACGCUUACUCUAAGUUAUUUGAUUUAUUCGAUACCGUAUUCUUUGUGUUGAGAAAAAAGUUGAACACAUUUGGCUUUCUCUAUACGGGCACUGAUGUGGGUCCUGGAAAUAUGGGUCUCUGGGAUCAGGCGCUGGCACUGCAGUGGGUGUCGGACAAUAUCCAGCACUUCGGUGGCGACGCCUCGCGUAUAACAUUGUUUGGUCAGUCGGCCGGCGGAUGGUCUGCGAGUUUACACAUCCUGUCGCCCGUCAGUCGACACCUGUUUCAAAACGCUAUACUCAUGUCCGGGUCUGCCAUCAAUCGAAACGCCGGCGAACCGGCCGGCGAUGUGGCCCUCAAGUGGCUUAAAGGGGCGCAGGCUAUCGGGUGCACACCGGCCGACAAACCGCCGGCCACUGAAUUCACUCCGGAGAUCAUCGAGUGCUUCCAGAGGGCACCGGCCGAGACACUGGCGGCCAUACCAUUUAUGCCAACUUUGAUGGAGGGUGUGGUGGGCUGGAACACCGUUGUCGUGGUUGAUGGUGAGUUUUUGCCGGAUCUGCCCCUCAAGAUGCUUAACAGUGGUGACCACAAGCACUCGGUUAAUUCACCGCCCGCUAUCACAUACACCGAAGCGUACAACGAGUUGAGCCGUAUAUCGCGUAAAAUGUGGUCUAAAGAGCCCAUCGAUGGGGAACUGGCGGCUAAAGUCUACUUCAACGGCUUGUCCAAUGAGUCGCCCGACGACCUGCUCCGGCAGACCAUAGGCAUAGCUGUGGGUGAUUACAUAUUGAGCUGCCCAGGGCUCCAGUUUGGCCGCACGUUGUUUGAAAAUGACCCUGAUAAAACCCGCGUGUAUCAGUACUUGUAUAAUAGCAAACUGGGUCGACCAAAGUUGGUGUGCAGCAAUUGGGCUGGUGUUUGCCAUUUGGAUGACAUAUACCCGGUGUUUGGAGUGCCUUUCUAUCAGGCGGACAGGUUUGUCGACGGGGAACGCCACGUGUCGGCCAAAGUGAUCAACAUAUUUUCAACAUUUGCCAAAACUGGUCAACCCCCGCCACAAGAGAGCGCCCAUUGGGACGAAUAUUAUCGGCUAAACAACUAUACAAUAACUCCGUAUUACGAGAUUACGAGUCAACCCAAACCGGUCACUAAUUUUGGUGCCGGAUAUAAGAUUGUUGAAUGCGAGUACUUAUGGAAAAAAUUAAUGCCAAUCAUAGCCCUAAUAGGGCUAACCAUCACCGCAACCGUCCGGUGCGACGACAGCCCAGUUGUAACGGUACAGACGGCAAACGGUAUAGUGAACGGACGGUCGGAGCACUUCGACGGCCGGGAGUAUAACGUAUUUUUGGGGGUCCCUUACGCGGAGCCGCCGGUUGGGGGCCUGCGGUUCAAAAAGCCAGUGCCGGUACAGUCGUGGUCAGAGCCCAGGGAGACGAGCCAAUGGCCGGCACCGUGUCAUCAGACAAACCCAUUCCUCGAGAACUUUAACAACAAAGUCUAUUCCGAGGACUGUUUGUAUCUAAACAUAUGGUCUCCGGUGGACAGCAAAGAGGACAGUGAGACGGAGCCAAAGGCAGUGAUGUUUUGGAUUCACGGCGGGGCUCUACUCGUUGGGUCAGCUCUGGAAAACUUUUACAGCGGACACGUGUUGGCCACCAAAGGCGAUGUUGUAGUCGUCACCGUUGAGUACCGGUAA